AUGAUCAUGGCAAAGGGUAGGCUAAAGGUCAUUGCUCCCUGUUGCGAUCACCACACCAAUCCCACCCUGAUUCGAAGACAUAGGCUGACCUCACCUAGCCGUUAUAUCAGCGUUGUUCUUGCUGCCUUCAUGAUAAGUUUCAUGACGGGUGGCCUGCAGUUCGGCUUCGGCAUCUAUCAGGCGCACUACGAGACGAUGGCUCUACAGGACAACACCCCAUUCACCGGCGCCACAGCCGCCCGGCUCGACCUCAUCGGAACCCUCGCGAUCUCAAUGAUGACCAUCUGCGCACCUGUCGUUGUGGCAUGGUCGAAAACGAUUGGCCCUCAGAAGGUCAUGUGCGCCGGUGGUCUGCUUGUCGGAGUGGCCAACGUCCUGGCAAGCUUCGGUCGGGAGCUGUGGCAUUACCAGAUUACGCAGGGGUUCCUGAUGGGAGUGGGAUCUUGCCUCUCAUUCGUUCCGUCAAUGGUCGUCGUCCCGACUUGGUUCGACAAGCACAGAGCGCUGGCCAUGGGUAUCGUCUCUGCGGGCAGCGGCGUUGGCGGUCUAGUUUGGGCCCCGGUGCUCGUGGCAUGUAUUGAGAAGCUGGGCUACAAAAACACUCUUCGCAUGACUGGUGCCCUCGGUGCUGCGGUUGUAUGCGCAGGUGGGGCAGUUCUCACUUGGGAACCUGUAAUGGCGGCCAAGAUACGUCGUGAGAACGCGACGACAUCUAGGCUCAAGAAGAUGUUCAAGGUCCCGCUGCCUCCAUUGAAGACUGUCACGCAACGCAAGUUCAUUGCGCAAAGUCUCAGCAUGUUCUGCCAGAGCGCGGCUUACUACACACCCGCAUUUUUCUUUGCGUCGUACGCCAAGACCUUGGGAUAUUCUGACAGCGAUGGUGCCAACCUGACUGCCGUCAACAACGCCUGCAACGCUGUGGGAAAGAUUGCCAUUGGGCUCGUGGCAGACCGCAUCGGAAGACUCAACGCGUUGUUUCUCACGACUGUGAUCUGUGCCGCCGUUACUCUCGGGCUAUGGGUUCCUAGCAUAGCCAUAGGAAUGGACCAUGAGUCCGUGGCGAGGUCGCUACUCGUCAGCUUUACAGUCCUGUACGGCAUUUUCGCGAGCGCAUACGUCAGCCUGUUCCCACCGGCUCUGGUUGAGCUGUUCGGUAUGGAAUUGAUGCCGCAGAUUACGGGGAUCAUGUACAUGAUCAUGGGAGUUGCUUCCAUGAUUGGAACGCCAGUGGCUGGUGCCCUGGUCAGAGGGCACGGUGAGAUCAAGGAAUCGGGUGACUACAUGGGGAUGGGUGUCAUGGUGGGCACUUUAAUGGCUGCAGCAGCCAUCUUUGUGGCUUGGAUGAGAUUAGAGGCGACUGCAGAUCGCGCUCAAGGGGGAAGGAAAUGGGUUUGGAAACUGUAG